AUGUUUCUUCCCCGACCACUGUCGCGGGUGCGAACCAUACUGCUGGCGGUAAUUCUCGCCUCGAUAUUAACCUGGUCGGUGAGGAAUUGGCGGCAAGAGGUCGAGUCGCAAUCGAUCGUUUCUACAGAUGGGAUGUUAUCACCAUCCAGCCCCCAAAAUGUGAUCGGGCAAGACCUCGAGGGCCACGUUCGGUUCUGGCGACAUUUCCAGCACCUGCUGGCCGUCAACGAGCCGAAAACCGAACCGCCAUUCCGACUAGGCUCGGCGCCGUCCAUCCGCUUCGAAGAGGCAAACCCGGACGAUCGACCGGAGAUGCUGGACAUGCUGCCCGAGGAUGUCGAGGCGAUGAAGGGGGCGCAUAGCGGGUUCGUCGAGGAGAUCAAGAAGAAUGCGCCAAAACUGCACUAUGCGCCCAACACGAGGGGGCUGGUUUCCACGGCGGGAGGCUCAUACCUGCCGGUCUUGGUGAUCUCGUUACGAAUGCUGCGGCAUACAGGCUCUGAAUUGCCCGUGGAGGUGUUUCUCGCCGAUGAGGAGGAAUAUGAAGACUACAUUUGCGACGUGGUCCUGCCGUCUCUGAAUGCGCGCUGUGUGGUCCUCUCCCAUAUCCUGGACGCGGUUCCUAAGAUCAUGGAUAUCCAAAAAUACCAAUUCAAGCUAUUCGCCAUGUUGUUUUCCUCCUUUGAGGAGAUCCUGUUCCUCGAUGCCGACGCAUUCCCGCUGCGGCAGCCGGAAUCACUGUUCACCAGCGAGCCGUUCAAGUCCAAGAACAUGGUGACCUGGCCGGAUUUCUGGGCGUCCACCGUCUCGUCGUACUACUAUGAGAUCGCAUCGCAGCCGAUGCCCGAAAAAGCUAUCCGACAGUCCAGCGAGUCUGGCGAGGUCUUACUCUCGAAGAAAACGCACCUAAAGACGCUGCUUCUCAGCACCUACUACAAUUUUUGGGGCCCCGAUCUUUACUAUGCCCUGCUGUCGCAAGGCGCCGCUGGAGAAGGCGACAAGGAGACGUUCGUCGCCGCGGCGCUCGCUCUCGAAGAGCCCUACUACCAAGUGUCCGAGCCCAUCUGCGCCAUCGGCCACCGCAUCGAGGGCGGCAUGGCCGGCUCCGCCAUGGUCCAGUACGACCCCGUCGAGGACUACGCGUUGACGCAGAAGGGCGAGUGGCGCGUGCACGGCUCCAAGGCGGCACCGCCGCGCGCAUUCUUCAUCCACGCCAACUUCCCCAAGUUCAACCCGGCCACGGUCUUCGAUGAACAAGCUGUCAAUCCGGCCUUCGAUGAGAGCGGUAGCUACACACGCGCCUGGACCAUCCCUGAGAAUGUGAUCGAGACAUUCGGCUCGGAUGUGGAACGGCAGUUCUGGAAGGAGAUCCUCUGGACGGCCUGCGAACUGGAAACUAAGUUCAAGUCGUGGGACGGCCGUAACGGUAUCUGCAAAGGGGUCAAGAAAUACUGGACUGCUAUGUUCAUGGACGCUAAACCUGAGAGUUAA